AUGAACUUCCUGCGGACGGCCGCCUCGCUGGCGUCCAACUCACCGGCCGCCCAGCAGCUGGUCCAGAAUUUGGCAGGGCGCACGGCUGCUAUGUUCCAGCGAGAAGCCAAAGAUCUCGAGAUAAGCACCAUCAGCGAGUCCGCGCUGAAAAGCUUGAUUCUGCUCGACAGUAAUGCGGCGACGUCACUCUACAAAAACUCUGCCGGCUUCCAAGUCAUCUACAGGCCCACACGAAAAGUGCUGCUCAAAACGCCAAAUGAAGCCGAGGGCAAAAUCAUGGCCAACCGGCUGAAUAUGCUGUUUGGUGGGGUGAAUGAAGAUCCACUGAAGCCACUCACCGACGCCGAUGAGGUACAUCUGGCUUGCGCGCUCGGCUUGGUGCGCACGUUGAAGAGCAGCUUCCAGCAAAAUGGGCUCGUGUUGGUGAACACGCCAACGGCCGACCCGAAUUCUGCCGUUUUUCCGCUUCACAUCGCCUGCGAGCAUAAUCAGUACGAAGCCGCAAUGCUCUGCAUCUCUGCCGGGGCCAAGCCCGAGAAGCUCGGGUCGAGGGGUGAGACGGCCUACCAUGUGGCGGCGCGAAGCGGGGAUUUACGGCUAAUGCAGGCAUUGUUAGCCUACAACUCGGCCGAAGCCAUCAGGGUCUGUGUUGAUGCUGAAGAUUUGCACGGGUUUACGCCUUUGCAAGAAGCCAUUCGACAUGAGAAUUUUGAUGGGUUGAAGAAAAUCCUUUCCGACCUACAAGCCUGCCGCAACGCCAAGAAGCAAGUCCUCGGCUGCCUGGUUGGAUAUCAAAUCAAAAACUACGAGAACUGGAAAUAUAUCGCGCAGCUGAUCUGCGCCCCGCAGCUCGAUUGGCUGAUCCAGAUGAACAGCGCCGGCGACGCGGUGCUGCACCUGAAGCUGGAACCGGAUGUUUUGCGUGUGAUCUGCUCGUACGCCGAUUCCGGAACUUUGGAGCUACCAAAUGGGCGUGGGAUGACACCGCUACAAGCCGCUAUCGCGCGCGACGAUCUGGCCGCUUGCGUGUGUUUCGUGUCCUUUGGAGCCGACGUGAACAAGCGAACGCAAGAGUCCUGUAUCCAGUUGGCAUUAAAGUAUGCCAGCCCAACAAUUCUGCAACUGCUGAUCCUGCUCGGGGCAAAGAUGGAGGGCAACGACUCGCAGCUGGUCAACCAAAGGGAUAAAGUUUACAUCGAGCAAAUCCGGAAAAUGUUCAGUGGAAAAUUGGAGCCAAGUUUGGAUGCCGCGAUGAGAGCCCAUUUGCUAUCUGAGAAUACGAUCCGGAUCCGUGACGCCCUUCUGAAUACCGUACCUUCGAACAAACACCUCGCCAUUUCUCUGGACGGUGGUGGCAUUCGAGGACUGGCUGAGGCUCAGAUGCUCUUCGAACUCCAGCGCAUCUUAGGUACCAGCACCGGGUCGAUUCUAGCCAUCGGCUUAGCGCUUGGCAAAUCACCACAAGAUUGUAUCAGAUUGUAUCUUCGUUUCAAGGACGAGGUUUUUAGGGGCGAUAGACCGUACUCGGAGCAGAACCUCGAGAAAUGCCUUCAAAAUGAAUUCAAGCUGAACGGCCAGGAGUUGAGGAUGGUGGACGUCAAGAAAAAACUCCUCGUGACGGCCGCUCAAACAGACGUCAGCCCAGCGGAAAUUGUCGUAUUCCGUAGCUACCAGCUGCCAAAUGAAGCGCCGAAAAGCUAUAAGAGCCUCGGGUCGGCGAGCGAGUUGAAGCUCUGGCAAGCUGCCAGGUGUUCGAGCGCAGCCCCCACCUACUUCUCGGCCCCCCACGGCUGCUACAUGGAUGGCGGCCUCAUUGCGAAUAACCCGACCUCGGAAGUAUUGUCUGAUAUUCAAGUGAUCGAUGUGUUGGGACCGAAUAAGGUGAAACCGGCCGCUUUUCUGUCGUUGGGUACUGGAAUUCCGCCAACUCGUCGAGUCGGCGAAUCCACUCCUGAUGCCGGGAUCCUCGCUACGCUUAUGGCCAGACUGAACGUGACGGUGGUGCACACGCUGCAUAUGUUGACGGAACAGAUUUCUGCGGCCAACGGCGUCGUCGUCAGCCGCUCAGCCGGCUUCUGCCUAGCCAUGGGUAUUCCAUUCUUCCGCUUCUCCCCGCCACUUGCGUUUGAUAUUGAACUCGAUGCCCGGGAUGAUAAGACGCUAAUCGAAAUGAUGUGGACGUCGAGGAACUACAUCAACACUCACCCCGAUCUGAAGAAGCUCGUCGAAUAUAUGCAAAAA